CCUCUCCAAGAGUUGACCAAGCCACACAUUGAUUCAUUUAACUAUUUGCUCAAAGAAGGACUCACACAUGCAACCCAAGAUCUGCGACCUGUAGAGUUUGCUCUAGCUAAUGGACAAAGGGUGGAGAUAUCAGUGCAGGAUGCUCAGAUUGGUGGCCCAACUGUACCACAGGGCAAUAGGUAUGCCAGGACCUUCAAAAUAUACCCUGCUGAGUGCAGAGAGAGACAUACAACGUACAAAGCCAAGUUACGGGCCAGUAUAAGGGUACGGGUCGAUGGGAAGUCAAUGGGAAUGUAUGAACGAGUUUUAGGAGAAGUCCCCAUAAUGGUGAAGUCUGAUGCUUGUAACUUAGCAGGGUUAACACCAAAAGGACUGGUGGCUCAUGGUGAAGAACCACAAGAAAUGGGUGGCUAUUUCAUCAUUAAUGGCAAUGAAAAAGUCAUCAGGAUGCUUAUCAUGCCACGCAGAAACUAUCCUAUAGCUAUAUUCCGGCCUUCCUGGAAAGGCAGAGGGCCUCAAUACACUGAAUAUGGCGUGUCCAUGAGGUGUGUCAAGAGAGAUCAGUCAGGAGCAAACAUAACGCUCCACUAUUUGAACAAUGGGACAGCUACAUUGUGCUUUUCCCACAGUAAAGAACAGUUCUUUGUACCAGUGGUGAUGAUAUUAAAGGCACUUGUUGAGAUGACAGAUCAACAGAUCUUUAGUGAGAUCAUCAAAGGGAAAGAAGACAACUCCUACUUCAAAGGGUGUGUAGCCAACAUGUUAAGACAGUGCCUUGGGGAGAAUCUAACCAAACAGUCAUCUGUAUUAAAAUACCUUGGAGAGAAGUUCCGCAUAAAGUUACGUCUUCCAGAGUGGUACACUGAUCUACAGAUAGGCAAGUUUCUCAUUCAAGAAUGUGUGUGUAUGCAUCUUGAAUCAAAGCAAGAGAAGUUUAAUUGUUUGGUGUACAUGCUUAGGAAGUUGUUUGCCUUUGCCAAGGGAGAGUGUGCGGCUGAAAGUGCUGAUAGCCCCAUGAACCAAGAGGUUCUCUUGCCAGGACAUUUGUACCUUAUGGUGUUAAAGGUAGGUACUUGUACCUCAUGGUGUUAAAGGAGAAGAUAGAAACCUGGGUGCUAACUCUGCGGUCAUCAAUAGAGCGGAAAAGUAAAACUGUUGGAACAGACUACAAGCUAUCAGAAAAAAAUUUCAAUGAUGCGUGCCUUCAUGCUAUAGAUGUCACUAAGCCAAUGGAGUAUCUGAUGGCAACAGGAAAUCUCAUUUCUAAAUCUGGACUAGGACUCAUGCAGGCAUCUGGGCUUACGGUGAUUGCAGACAAGUUGAACUUCUUCCGCUACAUUAGUCAUUUUCGCUGUGUCCACAGGGGUGCUUUCUUUGCAGAGAUGAGAACGACCUCUGUGAGGAGGCUGCUUCCUGAGGCCUGGGGCUUUUUGUGCCCUGUUCACACACCAGAUGGCUCUCCUUGUGGCCUCAUGAACCACAUGGCUGCCCUCUGUCAGGUGAUGUGUUUACAACCCAGGGUUGCCCACAUACCAGAGUUAUUGAGCACCAUGGGAAUGUGUCGUCUUGACUCCCCUGCCCCUGGUUGCUAUAGUAACUACUAUAGCGUGCUCAUGGAUGGGCGUGUACUAGGCUGGAUACACCAAGAUGAGGCCCAGGGUUUAGUAGACAACCUCAGGUUCAUGAAAGUUGAAGCCAAAGGAAAGGUACCCGCAUCACUUGAGAUUUGCAUUGUCCCCAAGACAAAGCAUGCUAGUCAGUACCCAGGUGUCUACUUGUUUUCCUCACCAGCUAGAUUCCUUAGACCCGUACAGAAUAUUUCCCAGGGAAAGUUGGAGUUGAUAGGAUCCUUUGAACAAGCCUACCUCAAUAUAGCUCUGUGUGAGAGUGAGAUAUACCCAGGGUUGACUACCCACAUGGAAGUGAAUGAGAGUAGCAUGCUGAGUGCCAUUGCAAGUCUUACCCCCUUUUCAGACUUCAACCAGAGCCCCAGGAACAUGUACCAGUGUCAGAUGGGUAAGCAGACCAUGGGUACCCCUUUACAUGCAUACCAGCACAGGGCUGACAAUAAGCUGUACAGGAUCCAGACCCCCCAAUCACCAUUGGUUCGUCCCUACAUGCAUGAUUAUUAUGGGAUAGAUGAAUACCCUUUAGGGACCAAUGCAAUUGUCUGCGUCAUAUCCUACACUGGCUAUGACAUGGAGGAUGCGAUGAUUCUAAACAAGUCGUCCUAUGAGAGAGGAUUUGCCCAUGGCUCUGUCAUUAAGUCUGAUCUGAUUAACCUAAAAGCAAUCGGUAAAGACAAACACAGGGUGGCACUUCUCUUUGGCUUGAAACCAACAGCACCCAGGUAUAAUGAGCUAAAGAAGUUCCUAGGGGAUGAUGGAUUGCCACAUGUGGGCGUCUACUUGGAAAAUGGAGAUCCUUAUUACAGCUAUGUGAACAUUCAGACUGGCGAGACAGUUGUCCAGAAGUACAAGAGUAUGGAGCCAGCUUAUAUUGACCAUAUAAAGAUACUAGGAAGUGAUUUUGGAGUAGAUGAACUACAACAAGUUUUAAUUGUCCUUAGAAUUGUGAGAAACCCCAUCAUAGGAGACAAGUUCUCAAGCAGACAUGGGCAGAAAGGCAUCUGUAGUCAGAAGUGGCCAGUGGAGAAUAUGCCAUUCUCAGAGAGUGGGAUGACACCAGAUAUUCUCUUCAAUCCUCAUGGAUUCCCAUCCAGAAUGACAAUAGGAAUGAUGAUAGAAAGUAUGGCAGGGAAGUCAGGUGCUAUGCACAGCAUGUGUCAUGAUGCUACACCUUUUACAUUCUCAGAGGAUAACUCCGCAAUUGAAUACUUUGGUGAAAUGCUAACUGCUGCUGGUUACAACUACUAUGGAACAGAGAGGAUGUACAGUGGGGUGAAUGGGAGAGAAUUUGAGGCAGAUAUAUUUAUGGGGGUAGUCUACUAUCAGAGACUCAGACACAUGGUAUCAGAUAAAUAUCAGGUUCGGACCACUGGGCCUAUUGACCAAGUGACGCAUCAGCCAGUGAAAGGGAGGAAAAGGGCGGGAGGAAUCAGGUUUGGAGAGAUGGAACGAGACGCACUUAUAGCACACGGCACUUCAUUCCUCUUGCAAGACAGACUGCUCAACUGUUCCGAUAAAACAGUGGGGCAUGUGUGUACAAAAUGUAACAGCCUCUUAUCCCCAGCUAUAGAAAAGGUUCCUGACAAGUUGGCAGCUGCCUCAUUUGAGGCCCAGAGAGGGUGGAAGUGUAGUGUAUGUGACACCAAGGACACUGUAGAGACUGUUAAUAUACCAUAUGUCUUCCAUUACCUUGUUGCUGAACUGGCAGCUAUGAACAUUAAAGUGAAGGCAGAAAUUGAAGUGACUUGAUGUAGAAUAAAAUUAAUAAGGGUAAUGUUGAGAUAUCCAAUUGAACUGAAGCAUGAUAAAAUAUUAUACGGUAUUGCCAAUGGGGGCUUAUAUAAGGGAUGGUUUGAUUUGAUUUUGACAGUUGAUAAUAUGAUUCAUGGGGAAAUAUGUAAUGCAGUGGACAAGGAAAAAUAUGUAACAAUUAAAUGGCAUGCUCUUCAUGAUAAAGUUCUAGAGACUUUAGUAAGGAGUUUAAGUAUACAAUAAAGCAGGAGUAUUAAUAUCACAAUCCUGCAUGGCACUUAAUUGUGUAUAUCGAUACAGCUGCUGCUACAGUGGGCUAGCAUCUGCUAAUAAUUUCAUUAUGAGUUCUUCACUAAGAAAGCAUUUCACAAAAUUCACAUAUUGCCUUGCACUGCCCAAAAGGCAACUUGCUUAUAUCCAUGCAUGGAGAGAAAUAUUGGAUGUUGAAUAUAUUUUUGAAAUAAAUGAUAUCAACUAUUA